AUUUUGUUAUUAUUGUUCUUUUAAUUUAAAAUUUUAAGUAAAUAAUUCAAUAAUAUUAAAUAUAUAUACAAAUAUAUGUAUGCACAUAUAUAAAAAAAUAUAUAAUAUAUAAGUAUUUCGGAAUUAAAUGAUAUAGAAUAAAAGGAAUAUGCCAUGGGAUCUUGUACGAGACGACACUUUUUAUUGUCAACAUGUUUUUUACAGUUGAUUACAAUUAUCGAACGACAAGUAUUUGAUUUCCUUGGAUUUAUGUGGGCACCAAUAUUGGCAAAUUUUUUUCAUAUAAUUUUUGUUAUAUUUGGAUUUUAUGGAGCAUAUCAUUUUCGCGUCAAAUAUAUUAUAGCAUAUUUAGUAUGGAGUUUCAUAUGGAUUGGUUGGAAUGUAUUUUUAAUAUGCUUUUACUUAGAUGUUGGAACAUUAGAUAAAAACAGUGAUAUAUUAAAUUUAGGAACAGGUAGCGUUUCAUGGUUUGAAGUAAAUGGAUAUGGUUGUAAACCAACAUAUCCAACAAAUAUUACGUCAGAGGAUCCUUACCGUCCACCUCGACCAGAAAGAGUCGAUGAUUGCCUUUUAGAUUAUACAAUUAUUGAAAUUAUACAUUCAGGUGUACAAUGUGUUUUAGGUGUAUUUGCUAUAUUUGGAGCAAUUUUAAUAGCUUAUUUAUUUAUUGAUGAAGAUGAUCAAUUCGAUUUCAUGGGUGGUGAUGCAAAAAGUCCUCAACAUACAUCUGUACAUCCAAUGUACGUGAGCUAUACUAGCAUACCAACAUCAGCUAGCGCAACAAUGUUAUCAAUUAAUAAACAUAAUAAUAACAAUAAUAAUAGUCUUAAUAAGCAAUUAAUACACAUUAAUAGUAAUAAUAACAACAAAGAACAAAAUUAUAAAAAUCAACAUCAGCAAAAAUAUAAUUAUAAUGCAGCUGAUUUUUUCAAUAAAAAACCAAAAUUGACAUAUUCAGAUAGUUAUAGAAAUAAUAAUAUUGAUAAUGAUAGUAAUUCUAUUAAUAGUAGCAAUAAUAUUAUUAAUAAUAAUAACAGCAGUUUAAAUAACACAUAUAAUAAUAAACCAAUAUCAUUAUCACGAGCAUCAACUGUUUCCUUAAACAAUAAUAAUAACAAUAAUAAUAGUAACAGUAACAGUAACAGUAACAGUAACAGUAAUAGUAAUGGUACACAAACAAGACCACAUCAACAAUAUCAACAACAACAAAUACAAAAUAUAACAAAUCAAUCACAAUUACAACCACAGACACAACAACAAACCCAACAAACAUCACAAUUAAAUUUUCGUAAUUAUAACAGUCAAAGUACUUAUCAAUUUAAUAACAGUUUAACAAACAGUUAUAAUCGUAAUAAAAGUUCAAGUUAUAAUAGUUAUAUUCAUCGUCCUGACAUAAAAUAUACUCAAAUAGUAAAUGAACAAUUGAUUUCUGCAAAUAAUUCAAAUGAUGAUACAAAUAAUAGUUGUGCUAUUGCCACAACAGUAACUGCAACUAAUUCUCCUAUUACAAAAAAUUCAAUAAAUGAUCAGGGGAUUAUUAAUUCAAAUUUAGAUGAUACAAAUGAUAAUUUUGCAUUGCAAACUUUUAAAAAUAUUUCACGUUCUGGUUCAAAAUCAAUUGAAAAUACAUAUGUUCCUUUUCAACAUCCAGUGCCUAUUGGUUCAUAUAGUGAAACAAGUCCAAUACCAAGUCCAAUUAAUUCAAAUCCAAUUAUUUUAAAUAAUAAAAAUAAAAAUGAUAAUGAUGAUAAUAAUUAUCAUUAUAAUUUAAAGAAACCUAUUUUAAAUCAUGUUCCGAAUAAACAAAAUCCAAAUUCAAUUUUAAAUUCAUUGGAUGGUAAAAAAAUUGAUCGUUCUGAAUCAUUAGAUGAUGACGAUUAUAGUCAAAUAAAUCCUGAUUAUCCUAUUAUACCAACAGUACAUAAUUAUAAUAAUCAAAAUUUAUAUAUAAAUAAUGGUCAGUCUAAUAUAUAUAAAUCAAAUUAUAUUAGACCAGCACCGUUACCACCAAUACCAUCUAAUGGAUUUCAAAUAAAUCCACCAAAUACAAAUCAAAUACCAAUAACAUCAUCGUCAUCAUCAUCAUCACCACCAUUAAAUUUUCAACAACAAAAUCAUUAUCAUAAUCAUUCACAUAAUAAUCAUCAUCAUCAGCAGCAUAAUCAUCAUUAUCAUCCCCAACAGCAACAACAAAUACAACAGUCUCACAAUAAUCAUCAUCAUCAUCAUCAAUAUCAAACACCAUAUAUAAGACAAAAUCAACGUUCUGGACAACAACCAUAUCCAGAUUUAUCACCAGAAAUUACUGAAAAAUAUUCAAUGCCACAACAAUAUAUCUCAAAUUAUAAUAAUUUUUCAAAUAAUAUUACCAGAUCUCCAAUACCAAGUCGUAUUGCAGCAGCAUCACGACGUCGUAUACCUAAUAAUAAUUAUAAUAACAAUAGUAAUAGUAAUAUUACAAAUUUUUGUGAUCAAAUUCGUGAUACACCACCUGGUUAUACAAAUAAUAUAAAUGAUAUAAAUCCAAUGAGUAAUUCAUUUAUAAGUAGAACCAAAUCUCAUGACAGAAUAUCAAAUCGUUUAAGACGUAAUAACAGUCAUAAUUCAAAUCAACCAUAUAGUAAUAGGCCUAGACCUAGAUCAUAUUGUAAUAAUAUAGCAAAUAGUAAUAAUGGAGUGUUAACUGAAGAAUUAUAAUUUUAUUGUAUUCGUCUUUUUGUUUUUAUUAUUUAAAUAUUCUUAUAAUAUAAAUGACGAGGACAACAAAUAAUGACUCCUAUUAUAAAUACAAAUUUUUAUUUUUGUAUAAUGAAAUUGCAUACUAUUAUAUAAUUAUACAACUAAAAUUAAAAAAAAAUUAUUAAUAUUAUUAAUUAAAUAAUCAUUUCAAUUGAUUAAAAGUGCCCUCUUUUAAAAUAAUUAAUUGUCCAUUUUAUAUAAUGUAGAACAAAAAGGAAAUUUGGCUUAUUGGUGAAAUUUUUAUAAAAAUAUUCAAAGGGAAUUAUUUUGAAGGAAUUCAUUUUGAAUUUACAAUCGAUUGUAAAUCCAAAUUUCAAUUACGCUUGAUUUAAGUGUUAUAAAAAAUAGUUUUUUUUAAAGAAAAAUUGAGUAGAUCCAAAUUUCUUAAAAUUUUUUGUGUCCAAACGAUUCAUUAAAGUGUAUUCACAAUAUCGAUGAAGUUUUUUAUAUCACUACUGUAGUUUAAUUGAAUUUAGAAAAUUUUAACUAAAUUUAAAUUUUAAAGUGCAUUCAACGUCAUUGUACCCCACUACUAAUAUAUGAACGAGAACAAUGAACUAAAAUGUAGUUAAACCGCAAUUUUUAUUCAAUUUCAUAUUCCAAUUUAGAUUUUAAUAUUUCAUUUUAAUUGAAAUAUUAACGAUAUGGUUGUUUUCAAAUAUUUUAAUAUGUUUUUAACUAAAUGUAAUGAAACAGGACAAUAUAAUUUGACGUAUAAUAUGUCAAAUUUAAUAUUGAAAUGAUUUUGUCUCUAUAUACUAUAGGUAAAUACAAUCAAUGCAUUUACAUAAUACACUCACCAACUACUAUUUAUGUUAAACAUUCAUUUGACAAAACAUGAUAACUACAUGAAUUACAUCAUAAAUUUUACAUUCACCAUACACAUACAAUACAAAUAAAAUACAUAUAUACAAAAGAAGGACAAAAAGAAAAUUAAAAGAUUUGCUGCCAAAUUUUUGCAUUUCUUAACUUUUUUUUUUUUGUUUUAUUCAAUGACUUGUUUUUGUUUCUAACUAAUUUAAGUGCUUAUAUAAUAAUAUUAGUUCUGUUCGAUUUAUAAUAAUUAUAGGAAAAGUAAGCAAUUAAAUUCAUAUAUACUUUUUUCUUUAAAAGUAUUGAAAACAAAACGCUAGUAUUAAGGAUAAAUGAUAAAGAAUUAGAAAACAAAAAAUAUUCUUA